AUGCCCGAGUGGAACAAGGAGUACGAGCGUCUGCUCCUCGCUACUCUGGUCGAGGUCAAGCAGAUCCACGUCACCCGCCAGGAAUGGGACCUGAUUGCGGAGAAGAUGAAUGCUGGCUUCAGCUGGAAUGCCUGUCGCCAGCAUUUCGCGAAACUGAAGAAAGAGAUCGCGCCGAUGAACCUCGGCGACGCCUCUGCUCCUUCUACCCCAGCGGCGCCCAAGACCCCCUCCAAGCGCACGACGACUGCUAACACCCAGACUACUCCAACUCCCAGCAAGUCCACCUCUCGUAAACGCAAAGGCGCAAAUGUAUCGACUACCGACGAACAGGCGACUCCGACCAAGCGUCGUAAGAGCGCCGCCAAGCCAGCUGUCUCGUCUGGACUUGCUUCUGAGCUGAGCUCUGAGUAUGUCCACGAGUCCUCCGAGGAGGAGCCUCAAAAUGGCAACGAGAGUGCGAACGCGGAUGACGACGCUGCUCCGGCCGGCGAGAAAGUCAAGACCGAGUAG